AUGCUCUGCGGCCCAAAAUCGUCUGGAAAGUCCACAUUUGGUCGAAUUUUGGGUAACCGUCUUCUCACUGCCCCCGGUCCAGACCGCAAUACUACUCGGUCUGUAGUUAUAAUGGACCUUGACCCAGGGCAGCCGGAAUACACACCAGCUGGGACAGUAUCCUUAGUUCGGGUCAGAGAGCCAAAUCUGGGCCCUUCUUUCACUCAUGUAGCGACGUCCGAACCAGCUGUGACCAUUGUGCGAUGUCAUUCUAUCGCCUCAGUGUCUCCGGCUUCAGACCCUGAACUGUAUCUGGAAUGCGCGCUAGAUCUUUACCAUCACUAUCAAAAUACGUGCCGGGGCCUGCCCUUGAUCAUCAAUACCCCAGGCUGGGUUUUGGGCACUGGCUUGGAUCUAUUGACCGAGCUGACCACGAAAUUCAAGCCCACAGAAGUAAUCUAUAUGUCCGAAGACGGCCCUAAGGAGAGCGUCGAAGGUCUCCAGACGGCUUGCAAAGGAACAUUUACUAUGCUGCCCUCUCAGCAAUCGGAGUUCACAUCACGAACAGCGGCACACCUGAGGUCGAUGCAGGCGAUGGCUUACUUUCACAUGAGGCGGCUGACUUCGAACCAAUUCACAUGGGACCCAUUGCCACUGACAACGCAGCCACCCCUGUUGGUGAACUACAGCGGUAAAAGAAGAGGUAUUCUUGGAAUCGUCAGCUACGACUAUCAGCCGCCUGCCGAACUUCUUGCAGAAAACAUUAAUGGAUCAAUACUGUGUCUGGUCGAGACCGUUGAUAUCAAGGCGUUCAGUCGUCUAAGGGGGGAUAACACAGGAUCCGCUACGACUACCGACGAGAUGGAUGUGGAUGGGGGCGUCGAGUUCAAAGUGCUGAAUGACAUGAUCUCAAGAACACCGGAGGGUCUCCCAUAUAUCCCGAAUAGCGACGCACAGACUUUGGACCCUCAGUACUCACAAACCUUGGGCAUGGUUCUUCUGCGUGGUAUCGAUACCAAGGCCAGCGUCAUCCAAUUACUAACGCCGAUUGCUUUGGAGCGUAUUGAAGCAGCCAAGGAAGCAGGGCACUAUCUGGUCUUGGUCCAUGGCAAACUUGACUCUCCUGGAUGGGCUUACACGGAAGAUCUAUACUAUCAAUCCUUUGGUAGCAAUGGUGCAGACUCAGCGGACGAUGCUGUGGAGGUCAUGGAUGAGGACACGGAUAGCGACGACUCAGAUAAGGAGCCGGACAACCCUCAGCUGGCUGGCGAUGUUAGUGGAACUCCGUGGAUUGAGGUUCUUCAGGGCCAUGAGAAGCGGCCAGUAGGAUCAAGAGUAUGGAGAGUUCGGCGCGAUCUUGGGCGGGCCGGUCCGGGCGCUGAAUAG